AGACCAUUGAGGGACUGGGGGGGAAUGAGGAGAUCGUUGGAGUGAUGAGGAGGGAAUGGGACCAUUAAGGACCUCCAUCACCACCACAUUGUGACCCCCCAAAACCCCCUUUGUCCCCUCGCAAUGCCGCGCGGGGUGCGCACGUCCCCGCUGGGCACGCAGGAGGUGCCUGGUUCCCCCUACCGGGUGCGGGUGCUCCAAGUGGGUUACAGCAUCCCCCAAGCUGAUGGUACGUGCCGCGCGGAUGGUUCCAUCACGCUGGUUUGGGGGGGUCUCGUCACGGCGCUGGUGGACACAGGGGGGCCGUGGGACCGGCAGCGCCUCCCGCAGCUCCUGUCCGAGCAGGGUCUCUCCCCGGGGGACAUCACCCACGUCGUGUGCACCCACGGCCACUCGGACCACGCGGGGAACAUCAACCUCUUCCCCGCCGCCACCCUCUUGCUGGGCUGGGACUUGAGCCGCGCCGACGGGCUCUACCUGCGCCAUGGGCUGGCGGCGGGGCAGCCGGUGCAGCUGCACCCGGGGCUCGUGGAGGUGGUGCCCACCCCGGGGCACACCAGGAGCCACGUGAGCCUCGUGGUGCGCGGCACUGCCGCUGGCACCGUCGUGGUGGCCGGAGACGUGUUCGAGCGGGAGCGGGACGAGGGGCAGUGGAGGGCGCUGAGCGAGGACCCCGCGGAGCAGGAGCGGAGCCGGAGGCGGGUGUUGGCAAUGGCCGAUGUCAUCGUGCCAGGACAUGGGCCCCCGUUCCGGGUGCUGCGGGACACCGGGUUCCUGCUGGUGCCUGAGGACGGUGAAGGUGCCACCAGUGGAGAUGGCUCCAAGCAACAUGAGAAUGCUCCAAGAGGAGAUGGGACCUUUCGAAGUGGCCCCAAGGAGGAUGAGGAUGGAGCUGGAGGUGGCUCCAUGUUGUGAUGGAUGCUCAUAGAGAUGGAGGAGGAGGCCAGUGAGAGGUGGGACCAUCCCCAAGGGAAGAGGAUGGUUCCAGGACACCUCUCAAGGACCCCACAAGAUGAGUGUGCUUUGGGCUGGCUCCAGGACACCUUCAAGGACCCCAUGAGGUGGCCCCAAGUGGAUGGCCCUGACAGUGGAAUAAAGCCCGUGAGCAAC